GGUUAAUGUCUCCAUGCUUGACGUUUGCUUAUACACCUCCAUAUUUUUAGAUGCAUGAUGAAUUAACUGUUGUGAAAAUGGAAAUAAAAAAGUUUUAUAUAAAUGUGCUCACAGAUAAACAUAUUCUUUGCGUUCAAGCUAUAGAAUAAUUCAUUCUUUUAUCAAACAACCAAUAUUGUUAAUGCAUCAUGCAAUCGUAUCGUCUCACAUACACCUAUAAUAACGCUGAGACAAAAGCAAAAGAUUUCGCGCCGAAAAGGAAAACGGCAAAAACACACAAAGCGGUGCAAAUAUAAAAACAAAAAACGAAACUAAAUGGUGAAAAUGUUCUAAAAGACAGGCGCAUUGUUUAGUGCGUGGAAACAGUGCGUGUUUUGGCAAGGCAGCUUGUGUUUGCGAUACGUAGACUAAUCUCCUCAACCCCGCCCCGCCUCCCCACUAAAUCACACAAUGGCUCCAGCGAAAAAACGCGAGAAAGACAGUAGCGUAGAUGCUCCGGCUAAUGGCAUCAAUGGCAUGUCCUCCAACGGAGUGGUGGAUGCCGCUAACCCAAGUGCUAGUGGCAGUACGGCAACGGGAAACGAUACACAUGCGAAACUCAAUGGACACCAGCAGGAGCAGGAACUCUUUUUGCAGGCGUUCGAGAAGCCCACGCAGAUCUAUCGUUACCUACGCAAUCGGCACGAGACAAAUCCCAUAUUUUUGAACCGCACCCUGAGCUACAUGAAGGAACGAAUGUCGCGCAACAAUAAAAAACGGGCCAGCUUCAAGGUCAACUCAAUACUGGACAGCAUUGUGCAAAAGUCGGAAGCCGUAACCCAAAACUACCUGCACGUCAUCUACGAUUCGCUGCACGAGAAGCUUAAAACAGCGUCCGAUGCCACUGGAGAGGAUCUGCUGGAAGAACAAUUGCUUUGUGAAGCAGGGGAAUCGAUCUGUGUGGAGACAACGCUCUACAAGAUCACUCGAAGCAAGCGCAAGGACAGUACGCUGGACUUUCAGGAGCUGCUGAGCAAGAGUUCGCAAAUUGUUUAUAAUCCAAAGGAGCGCAUUGGGGAGCACUCGGCACUGAGCAUACCGCUGCAGUCGAUGCGGCCGAUGGGCGAGCAGCACACGCUUUACAAGCUGCUCUUCCGCAUCAAGGUCCUGGCGUUGAGUUCUUGCAACGACGAGAAUGCAGAAACUCCACCCAUUAAGAGACCUCGUCGGAACGAGAAGAUCUUCGGUUCGGAGCUGAUCCUGUACGAGAAGUCGACUGGUUUCAUUACCGAGGGCGAAUACGAGGCCAUGCUCCAGCCGCUCAAUUCUUCGAGCAUCAAGUCCUUCUCGCCAAAGAAAUGCACCUGGGAAACGAUGCCCGACAGCUACAUUCCGCUCUCGGUGACCUACGACGUCUACCAGCAGAGUCCCAUGCUCAAGUUCCAUUUGACGCUCUCCAAUGAGCCGCUUCCCGAGAUUAUAUCGGCGGCGGAGCUGCAACGCUAUGUCCAACAUCUGGAUGCGGUCGCCGGGUGUGAAAUGAAUCACAACAACAAUAAUUACAGCAAUAACAACAACUGUAGCGGCUUGAAGAACGGUGGCAUUGUUUGUAAAUCAUCGCCGGAGCACAUACAGAUCGUGUACAACUUUAUGUACAGCAACAAUACCCGCCAGCAGACCGAGUACACGCAGGAGUUGAUUUGUCCCUGGUGCGGAUUGGACUGCCUGCGACUGUACGCGCUGUUGAAGCACCUGAAACUCUGCCAUGCCCGUUUCAACUUCACAUAUCAGCCGGCGGGCAGUGGGGCACGUAUCGAUGUGACCAUCAAUGAUGCGUACGAUGGCUCCUAUGCCGGAUCACCGUACGAUCUGGCCGGGCCGUCUGGCUCGUCCUUUGCCCGGACUUGUGGUCCGGUUCGUCGCACUUCAGUUACCAGCCUGAUGGUCUGCCGGCCGCGCCGUCAAAAGACUUGCCUGGACGAGUUCUUGGAGCUGGACGAGGACGACAUCAGUAACCAGAGGUCCUACAUAACCGGGCACAACAGGCUUUACCAUCAUACCGAAACCUGCCUUCCUGUGCAUCCCAAGGAGCUGGACAUCGACUCGGAGGGGGAGAGCGAUCCGUUGUGGUUGCGCCAGAAGACCAUACAGAUGAUCGACGAGUUCUCCGACGUCAACGAAGGCGAGAAGGAGCUUAUGAAGCUGUGGAACCUCCAUGUCAUGCGACACGGCUUCGUUGGGGACUGCCAACUGCCGCUGGCCUGCGAGAUGUUCCUCGAUGCCAAGGGUCAUGAGAUUGUACGCAAGAAUCUCUACCGCAACUUUAUUCUGCACAUGUGCUCCCUUUUCGAUUACGGCCUCAUUGCGGCCGAAACUGUGUACAAGACGGUGCAGAAGCUCCAGGGAAUGCUGAGCAAAUACGGGGCUGGCCAGGAAAUGAUGCAGCGACAGCGCGAGGCUCAGCUUAAAUUCUGGCUCGAGGUGGGAAUGCACAAGAAGCAGGAGGAUCCCAAGACUCUCAAGUCCCCCCAAAAGCCAGCACUGCCGGCUAAUGCUGCCACUAACUCCUCAACCUCCACAAACGGUGCAGCGGCCAAUUCCAGCGCCAUGCAACCGCCCAAGCGGAUGCCGGCCCACUUGAAGCGUUCUAGUGCCGCCUCCUCCUCCGGAUCUGCCCAAGAAAACAGUGCUGGAAGUGGAAGCGGCACUGGCUCCAAUAACAGCAAGAAUGUGGCCAAGAAGAGUGCCGAUCAGCCGCCCUCCAACAUGGCCAGCACACGGGAGCGCCGUUCCGAUCCUGGUCUGAAGCGCAGCAACAGCGGAACACGUCUAUCCGCCGGGGCAGGGUCCGAAUCUGGCCAGGGCCAAGCUUCUAAGCGAAAACUGAGCGCCAAAGAUAAUGCGGCGUUGACGAAGCGACAGCGAUACAGCGACGGAAGCCCCAGGGCAGGAUCAGGACCAGGAACUGGACAAGCCAACGGAGGCGGAGGGAGCCGCACCAACAAAAGCAAUAACCACACACUGCCAGCAAAUAGCAACACCAGCAGCAGCAGGAAGCGUCUAAUCGCCCGUCGUCGCUCUACCUCGGAGAGGAGCAAGUCCAGCAACGGCAAUGGAUCGGCGGGAGGAGUCCGCACCAGGCUCUCGGUGCCGGCAAAGUACGAGAGGCGCUGACGCAAGCGACGUCCCUGCUGCUGCUGCUGCUCCUCCUCAUCGUCCGCCUCGUUCACCUCCUCGUACUGACCAUCGCAGGGCAUAAUUGUUUAAUAUUUUUGUCGCCAGGCCAGGCAAUGUUUCCAAUCCCUAUGUUUACGGAUCAUUUAUAUUAUGUUGUGUUAUAUUUUAAUCGAACCUUGAUGUUGGACCUUUUGUAAAGCCUUGUGUCGGAUUCGAAAUUGACCUCAAAACCAAGUGGGGGGCACUCGCUUUGUUUUUUUGUAAUAAAAUGCGCGCGGACCACUCCCAGUAUAGUUUCAGUUGUACAUCCAAAUCGAA